GAUGGAGUAUCUAGACUCCGGAGCACAGCGAAGAGUGCAGAGGUUGUAACUUUGAUUUCAUGAAUGCGGUACUCUGCUGUGCAGUACGGGCAUACAGCCUGUUGGCCAGCACGGAAGAAGCAACUAUAACGCUCUCCGAGCUUCUACCCACAAUCAGGCCAUAUUUCAUGCAUCCAUGCAUCGUUACCCAUGAACUUCCAAUUCACCAUCUCGCUCAUCACCAUCAUCCUCCUCCGCCUCCUCCUCCUCGUCCUCAGCCAUUCGAGCCGUAAGCAUCCACCGUUGAGCAUCCCAGCAAUCCUCCGACUUCAACAACAAACGUUCCCAACACUACCGCGUACCACCAACAUCAGUGAUAUCUCGGUCUCGGCAAUUAAUAC